UUGUAAACAGGUGGCGCUUUUGGACGUGUUGAAGGGCAAACGUGCGUGAUUUUUAAGCUUGGGAUUACCCAUUUAAAUGCUUUGGCGCAAGAUUCACUGCUAAGAUUUACAGAUGGUGCCAGUGCCGAGUUUCCUGGCCGGUGUGGAGAGUGGUUGGACGUGUGAUUGGCCCAAGAGAGUCAGAAGCAUUUAAGUCCCUCGAAUUAAAUGAUGCAAUGGAAAACACAAUGGACUUUAUUUAACACGGAAUUUCGAUGAGCAGAUUUCCCUUGCUGUUGAUGAGGGGCUUAGACACUUCCUCAUGACCAUGGGUUUACUCAAAAAUGAAAUGGUAAUUAGAAUGAACAGCCACAGUAAGGAGGAGGGAAGAGGAGGGGGUAGCGGAGAGGAUGACAACAUUUGUAGAGAUUUUCUGCGUAAUGUUUGCCGCCGGGGUAAACGUUGCAAGUUCAAACACCCGGAGGAGACUGACCCCGGCCCACCCAACAAGCCUCUCAAGAUUGAUCUGACCUUCUGCCAUGAUUAUCAGAAUGGUCAUUGCUCAAGGGCUAUGUGCAGGUUUAUUCACUGUACAUGUGAAGAUGAGGACUACUAUCUAAGGACGGGUGACAUUGCUCCACAUAUACUGGACCAGGCAAUCAGGAAGGGUCAGCUUGGGGAUGUUACUCUCAAUGGUGACGUUCCAAUUUGUAAAGACUACUUGAUGGGUGAAUGUUCUAGACGCAGGGGUGGGAAAUGCAAGUUCCGUCAUAUAACGAAGAGUGAAUAUGAAGCAGAGAUCUAUGGACAAGAGAUUGAUCCAUCAAUGAACCACUAUGAUCACAAUAUAAACCAUGAACCUAUUGGUAAUAUUUGCCCACCCGACCCUAAACGACAGAGAUUUGAUAUCAAGCCAAUUCCAGCUGAGUUCCCUAGAGAGCGCGAGUUUAUCAGACCAGUAGAAGAGGUCAUGGUAGGACGUGACAUCAACCUGAGGGAGUUUCGAGACAGAGAUCGGGAGCGAAACAAGGAGAGGGAUAGACGAGGCUUUAGAAGAGAUUCUGAUCUUAAGGAAGCAGAUAGAUGACUUGAAGAAAGAAAAUUCAUCCCUGAAGAAGGAUGUGUCUGAUCUGAGAGCAACAAAUGAGUUUCUCUUAGAUCAGGUGACAACAUUACGUCUCAGUAAAGCAGGAGGCAGUGUGACAGCAGUGACAGUACCAGCAGUAAGUUUGGCAUCCACCAUUCCAGUUGCAACAAGUGUACAACCUCUCACUGCAGCCCAACUGUCUCAACCUCUCCCAAUAACAUCUGAUGGGUCUGUAGUGGCCCUGCCAACUGGUUCAAUCAUUAGCUCCUCCUACACAGCAGGUUGCUGUAGCUCAGCCUGGGCCAGCAGUUGUAGGGUCUGUGGGAGGUGUGCAGGUAUCUUUAGCACAGUCUGGAUUAACAGCUGUUUCUCUAUCCACUGUGUCUCUCAACCCUCAGAUUGCCCCUGCUACUUCCAUGGCCCCAUCCAUGGGCAGACCCUCUGCUCAGAACAUGGCAAUAUCCAUGAGUGGUGCUUCGGGUCAUCUUGUUUCUUACCCCAUCAUGACACAACCGGGUCUCAGGCCACAGUUACAGUAGACUCCAGCACCUGAUUGUGUGUUGUUGUGUAAGUUAAUGGCUGCACCUUCAUGCAAAAUUAGUUCAUUUUGUCACCUCAUAUCAAUCAUUUCUACUGUGGUCACUCCUUAAACCUUUAAAGAAAGGGUUUGCACACUAUGUCACCAUCAGAGUUUUAUGCUUGUACGCUACAGGUAUUUCACAUUUCGACUCCUGGGUGUGUCAUAUACAUAGUGAAUUGCUUGUUCAUAUCCAUAUGAUUAGGUGUAUGGAGAUAGUCUGUAAAUAAUUAGAGCAGUUUCUUAGAAUUUUCACUUCUGGAAGUUAGAUUCUGUGUACUUUGUUUUGUUUGCACUACACAGAAUUAUCUGGCAAAGGAAGGAAUUGGAUUUUGAUCUC